AUGGAGACAGAGGCCGAGGAGGUAGCAGGGCUGAAGGCGGCACUGGCCGAGGCGGAAGCGACCAACGAGCGGCUGCGAGUGGUUGCGCUGGCCCAGUCCGAGGCUCUGGCAAAGCUGGCGGAGAGCAGCGCGGACGGGACAGCGGCAACAGACAAAGGCGGCAAAGGCCAUGUUUCUGGCUCCGAUGCAGAUGCACGGAUCAACGAGCUGGAGCGCCGCAACGGGGUGUAUCGGAGAGAGUUGGUCCAUGCUGCCAACGAGCUGGCUCGUCUGCGCGGCCUCCGCGACUCGCUGGAUGCUGUAGGUGGCCUCCGUGUCCUGGGCGAUGGCAGCCUGACAGUCAAUGCUGACGCGCUGCGGGUGGACGAUCCCAUUGCGGGCGCCAUAAGCUCCGUGUACGUAGUCCGCAUGGGUGACUCACCAUCAUCAAGUCUGACGUCUUCAGCGCUGUCUGGCUCUGUCGCCCGUGAGGCCGCCCGUCGCCUGCGAGUUCCGGGGAAGCUGCCGUUUGAUCACAAGCUCAACCCGAUGCAACUCGAGAUGCACGUUCGGCUGUGGGAGCGGGUCGGAGCCGAGCUUGUAGCCGAGAACACCGCUCGCAAGUCAGCGGCGGAGAAGCUCGGUCGCAGAGUCCGGGCUCUGGCGGCCGAGCUGGACCUGGCGGAGCGGCGGCUGGCAGCUUACGCACGCGAUGCUGCCCACCCCCCGCAGCCGCCGGCGCGCAACCCGGCGCUGGAAGCUCUUGUCGCUGAGGACGAGCUUCUGGAUGAGUUGACUGAGCAAACCACGAGAGUCAACACCUCGCUGCAGGAGACGCUCGAUCUGGCGCGAAAGAAUCAAAGGCGGCUGGCGGAGGCACGGGUGGCGCCGUCGUCGAGUCCCUCGACGGCGCGCCGGCGGUCACCGCCCGAGCCCGAGUCGUCGUGGCUGAGCUCGGUCGAUGGCGACGAAGUUGCCGCCUUUGUUGAGAUACCGUCGUUUGCAGACAUGUUUGGCAACGAUGGCGCGCUCUUUGACGAGGACCUGGCUUCGGUGGGCGAGCCGGACCCAAAUCCGGACGAGUCGCUCCACCCGUUCCAUGGGCUGAGCAUGGCGCUUGCGGCGCAGGGCACGACGGCGGCGUAUUGGGACGCCGUGUACACUACCGAGUUGGCGCGUGUGGAGGGCGGGGCUGGGAGCGGUGAGCUCGGUCUGGCUGCUCUACUCAACGAAGUGUAUGUGUGGUACGGGAGCGAACCUGUGGCGCUCAUUGUCUCGCUCUUGGCCCAUGCUGAGGAGCAUCUGCCUCGCAUCGCUGACGUCGCCGCCCGCGGCGAACUGCGCCUCCUGGAGGCAGGCUGCGGGAACGGGCAUCUCGCCCUUGUCCUCGCCGCCAUGGGCAGCGAGCUAGGCAUUGCGGAGAUCGUCGGUGCUGAUCGCUCGCGUCCGGCCAUCAACGUUGCAAAGGUCCUGCGUGCGCGGCUCGAGGCUGAUCUCGACGACGCUGCGCGCUCGGCCAGGCCCGAGCUCAUCUUUGUCGACGACGACCUGACCGAGUCGGGCAUGGCUCCGGCCGCCUUUCACGUCGUCAUCGACAAAGGCUCGCUCGAUUGUCUGGUCAUGGAGGACCGCGUCGUCGACUCGGACGACGAUGCCACAGAGUCGACCCGUGAUCGCGAGAAGCUGCCACUCAUGCCUGAGGACACAGGCAACCUGGCCAACGCCUACCUGUGGGGCGUGGCCGAGCGGCUGGUUGUUGGUGGCUACUUUGUCCUUGUCACCAUCGCAGUCUCUCGGUCCGAGCUCGAUGCAUAUCUCGUCGAGAGCGCCGUCCCGCUCGUUGUCGCCGCCGACCUGAGCUCGCUCUUUGCCGACGACGCCGAAGGCUCGCUCCUCGCCCUUGUGCUCGAGCGUGUUGUUGACGACGACAACUCGGACGACGACAGUGCGAACAGCGCCUCCGACGCCGCCCGCAAUGCUACUCCUGACGCUGAUGCUGAUACAGAUCCGAACUGUGGCGUUGUGCCUCGUUUCGGCGACGUCGCACUCUUUGCGGCGUCUGCAUCUAUAUCCACAUCGCCCGGGUGCUCCUGA